AUGACUACCGAUAAAACAGCGCCCGUUGUCGUCGCCGGAGCGGGAGCUUGGGGACUGUCGACAGCCCUCCACUUGGUCAACGAUGGAUAUACGAAUGUCACCGUGCUGGAUCGCGCAUCAGAGCUCCCAUCGCGCUACUCUGGAGCGUACGACCUGAACAAGAUUGUGAGAGCCGAGUAUGAGGACCCCUUCUACACCGAUCUAGCAUUGGAGGCUAUUAGGGAAUGGCGGACACCAUUGUUUGGGCCUUAUUAUCAUCACACCGGCUAUGUCGUCGCCACAUCAGACAAAGCUCCAGCGAAGGCAGUUCAGCAUCUGGAGAAGGCAUUGAGCUCUGUCCGGGAUCAUGCGUCGUUCAAGCCUUUCAUAUCGUCGUUAGAUACGCCACUGAAGUUUAAGGACGUGUUCUGGCAGUUCAGCGGACCAUCCAGGUUCAAAGGGUAUGUUAAUCGCCACGCGGGAUAUGCACAUUCCUCCAAUGCAAUGAAGGGCAUAUAUAGGCACCUCACAACGCGAGGCGUGCGAUUUGUGCUCGGAGAAGCUGGGCGUGUGAGUGAAUUAGUGUACAGUCGCAACCCACGACGCUGUGUCGGUGCACGGACCGCGGAUGGCACUACUCAUCAGGCGGCUCUUAUAAUAGUAUGUUUGGGUGCAUAUGCUGCAGAGAUUAUACCCCAGGUUGGUACGUUUGCUGUGGCCAAAUGCUGGUCGGUUGCGCAUGUGCAACUGACGGAGGAGGAAUGCGACUUCUUGAGAGGCAUACCAGUGCUGAACAUCCGGGAUCUUGGCUUUUUCUUUGAACCAGAUCCUGCGACCAGGCUUUUCAAGAUUUGUCCGCUAGGCGCAGGGUACGUCAACACGAGUGAGACAUCUGGCAUUUCGCUGCCUCCUCUGGAUGUGUUGCCACCACCACAAGAUCACAUUCCGCUCGAGGAUGAGCGGAAAUUGCGGCGUCUGCUCAGAGAGACGUUCCCGUGGAUGGCAGGAAGACCUUUCGUCGACCAGAAGAUGUGUUGGUUCUCAGACACAUCGGAUUCCGAAUACUGCGUUGAUUUCGUACCUGACACAGAUCAGUCUGUCAUAGUUCUGGCAGGCGAUUCCGGUCAUGGCUUCAGUAUGUCCCCUUUUCGCAAGCCUGAACCAGUGAACAACUGGGAGCUAGUCUAG